AUCGCACUUUUAGCCAAAAUGGUAGGGACUAAAUUUGCAAUUUACCUUCUCUCUUAAAACUCUGUUUCGACAAGGUAGAUAUUUGACCUUAAAAGAACCCAUUAAAACCCUAAACCCAGCCAGGAUCAGCGUGAACGGAGAUACAGAGCAAGAACAAUGGGAAAGAAAGAACAAAAGCAAAAGGAUCAAUUACAAAAACAAAAUAAUAGUUGUAAAAAGCAAGAGGAGCUUCUGAAAACACUUGGAGAUUUCACCAGCAAAGAGAAUUGGGACCAGUUUUUCACCAUCAGAGGCGGCGAUGAUUCAUUCGAAUGGUACGCCGAGUGGCCUCAACUUCGGGACAUACUCAAAACCCACCUCUUAUCGUCAUCUCCACCACCGGAAUCCUCCGAUGGAAGCGGCGGGGAUACACCACAUGUGGCGCCGGAGGAAGUUCAGAUUUUAGUGCCGGGGUGUGGGAAUUCGAAACUUUCCGAGCAUUUAUAUGACGUGGGGUUUCGGAACAUUACAAAUGUGGAUUUCUCAAAGGUGGUUAUUUCGAAUAUGUUGAGGAGAAAUGUGAGAGAACGGCCAGAGAUGAAGUGGCGCGUCAUGGACAUGACUAGUAUGCAGAUGUCAUCAUUCAUGGAUCAAUCAUCUAUUGAGUAUUCCGGAAAUCAGGUAGAAUUUGUCCUUAAUCUUUCCUCUUCUCUGCUCUACUGUGUUCUUUUUCGAAAGAGAAGUUUCCAGUUAAUGUUUGAAAAAGAUAAUUCUACUGUAGUUUCUCAGAUGUCAUCAUUCAGAGAUCAAUCGUCUAUUGAGUAUUCCGGAAAUCAGGCUCGCGAAUUCUUUAAAGCUGUUGAAAGAGAAAAUGAAGUUCGCACAGAAUACUCCCAGGGUUCUGACAUAUUUCACUCACUUGAAGACCUGAAACUAGGGAGUAAAGGAAAUCUGGAAGAGCUUAAUCCGGGUCGUAGGGUACAGCUAACUUUAGGUGAACCUGGAUUAUCCCGUUUCUCUUACAAAGCUGUACUCCUUGAUGCUCAGAAAGAUUCUGGACCUUUCACGUAUCAUUGUGGAGUUUUCCUUGUCCCAAAGACAAGAGCUCGUGAGUGGCUUUUUUCAUCAGAAGAAGGUCAAUGGCUAGUUGUUGAAAACUCAAAGGCUGCUCGUUUGGUGAUGAUUUUGCUGGACUCCAGUAAUUCUAAUGGUUCAAUGGAUGAUAUCCAGGUGGUAUUCUUGGAGCUGACAGCAAAGGAUGACAAAGCCCCAAGACCAACCAAUGUAUUCAUGUUUGGAGCUCCUCUAACAAGACUUCUCAGGCCAUCAACAAGCAGUUGGCGACCAGGGCCAAGCAAUGUGAAAGCAAUUGUUAUUGGUCUUGGAGCAGGAUUACUUCCCAAGUUUCUUCAUAAGUGCCUACCUUUUCUGGAGAUUGAGGUGGUUGAGUUAGAUCCCGUGGUUCUGGAUGUUGCAAGAGACUAUUUUAGCUUUGAAGAAGAUAAACAUUUGAAGGUACAUAUCACUGAUGGGAUUAAGUUUGUUAGGGAGAUUGCAAAUUUUGAGGCUGGUGAUGUAUCAACUCCAAAUUGUAGUGAUAAGAAUGACACGGUUAAUGGAAGUUUCUCUAGUGGAACUAGCACCGAAGUUCAUGCAGAUGGAAGGAGCUCUAACAAAAUUGACAUACUUAUUAUUGAUGUAGACUCUUCAGACUUGAGCUCUGGUUUAACAUGUCCUGCUUCAGACUUCGUUGAAGAUUCUUUCCUUUUGACCGUCAAAAGUUCACUCUCUGAGCAAGGUCUAUUUGUCAUUAAUUUAGUCUCCAGGUCCUCGGCUGUUAAGGAUAAAGUUUUUUCAAGAUUACGAACGGUAUUUAGCAACAUUUUCUCCCUUCAGCUUGAGGAAGACCUGAAUGAAGUUAUAUUUGCACUCAAGGACUCUCCCGUUGAAGAAAAUCAAUUUUCUGAAGCUUGUGAUGCACUUGCAAGAUUAUUAGAGCUCGAAAAUCCUGAGUGGAGUCAAAGCAUCAUUGAUGGCACAAAAUUGAUCAAAAGUCUGAGAUGACAAGUAUUCUUAUUGAAUCAAACAUGCGUACCCCUUGGCAUUUAUUGCUCAAAGUCUUCGUAGGACUUGUGGGAGAGAAUGAGAAGCUCAUUGCCAAUGUAGCUAUGCAUGGGGUAUAUUGUUCUACAUAAUUUUUCAUCCAUAAAGGUGUCUAUACACACACAUGGGUGGGAUCCACUCAAAUAUUUUAUUCGAGUGGAUCUCACCUCAUGUGAGAAUAUGGACACCUUUAUUGAUAAAAAAAUUAUGUACAACUAGAUUUAUCCGAGUAUAUUUGUGCUGUUUGGUUUUAUUAUUACUUUCCCUAGUUUGUUUGGUAAGGUGGAUUGUAUUCUAAAAAGUAAAAAAAGGCUGCAUUUUGUCUAUUGUACUUUUCGAGUCGAGUCUAAUAUUAUAUAUCAAAAGUCUUUUUGGAGAACAUUAAGGUCAAAUAUGAGUUGACCACACGUUUCCUUGUACCUUUUUUUUAAAAUUUUGGGUAUAUAAAUGCACUUCAUAUUUUACAGUC